CACCGCUCGACCCUCCAAACAGUUGGUAGGACUCGAUGUUUUGAAGCAGCCGCCGACAGUCCUGCCGAGUCUUUAUGGACAUCUGAGCCACAAGCAGAGUGCGCAACCCCGACGCCAUGGACGAGUCUCAAGAUAUUGUGCACCCGGAGGUGCGGGCACACAUCAACAGUCUCGUCUCUGCGCUCGGAGGCUUUAGUACCUUCGAAGAUGGACGUUACGUCCUGGGUGAUUCUGCCCUGGAGGUCCUCCGCGACCUGAAAAAAUGGAUACGAUUCUACGAUGAGAAGACGAACCGGAUGGACGUCGCCCGAUGCCUCUACGACGCGAAUGUCCUCGAAGGCGACCUCCUGCACAUCCUGGCGUCAUGGCCGGAAAGCGCAACAGACAACAAGUUCAAGUCCAGAGCAGCAUUGGCCUGCAUCGAAAUCCUCGUGCCAAUGACCUGGCCCCUCGAUCGCGACGUUGAGAUAAUGACUGUCAACCACCAUCGACACAUGCCUGUCCUGCAACUCGCUCAGAUCAACUACAAGCGGCUUAUCAUAAACUUCGACGCCGCCCAGAUCCUCCAUACCGCCGUCAGGACGGCGCUUCCGUCCAUGGCUUUGCCUCGAACCGAGCGGACCCCGCGUGAUGAGGGCAUCAUCAAGCUCGUACUCCUCUUCCUUCGGAACAUUGCAAUGAUUGCUCCACCGCCCAACGUCAAGUACGACGGCGACGAAUCACAGAUAUCGCGAUCAGCGCUUCUCGACGCCUUUUCGUACCAGGACAUCCUGCUCACAAUUCUCACUCUGGCCUCCAAUAUGGGCGAAGACUUCAACCAGGAGUGCGUGAUCGUGAUGGAAAUCAUCUUUCAUCUUGUGAAGCGUGUCGACGUGACAAAGCUGUUUAUGGAGGAGAAGGAGCUCAGCAAGACCAAGGCGAACGAGCUUGCUAGCAUGAUGAGUAAAGAGGCCGCGAUGCAUCGACCUUACAACCGGAGAGCACCGUCCAGGCACAACCGGUGGGGCACCAUGAUAUGGAUGGACCGAGGCGAUGGCAAAAUGUCGGUCGUCUCAGGCCAAGACGCACUCCUUGACGCGGCAACGAGGCAGCAAAAAAUGGAUAGUGCAAAGGUGUUCCGACCUCCGAGGCGAGCACGCAAAGACGAGAUGGAGCCCCGUGAGCUUGGCCCGCCAGUAUCUUUGAACACUCGGGCGCGCACGCAGCUUCGUGGUUUCGUCGAAGACUUCCUAGACUCCGGCUUUAACCCAUUAUUCCAUCUCAUAAGGAAGAGGAUGGAGGAACAGCGGGAAUACAUUCUCGAGUAUCACUACCGCCAGUUUUUCUACCUGAUCUCUUGGUUCCUCGAGGCUGAGCGAGUCCGCAAGAAGGCUUCUAAAUCGAGCCAACCGACUCAAGGAGAGUCCGACGUCAGGAGUUACAACCUAGUGGCCAGUGUCCUCAACCAGGAGACCUUUGUCAUGCUGAACCGAUCGAUGUCUGACGCAAUUGAAGGCAAGCGAUGGCAUGAACUCAGUGCAGCCAUGAGAUGCUUCACGCAGAUUCUCCUUACCGUUCAAGACAUGUCCGAGUCAGGCAAUGAAGACGACGAGGAGAUCGCAGACAAUAUUCUGAACCGCAUCUUCUAUGAAGAAGAAACCCACGACAGAGUAGCACAACUCGCGCGGAGCUACAAGGAUCAGGACUUCGAGUACCUCGACGCAUGCAUCGAGCUUACACAUACUUAUAUGCGCGUGCUCGAAGCCUAUUCGAAGCAAAACACAGACUUGCAGAUACGAUCUCGGCGGAGAGUACGGAAGAAGAAGAAGGCGGCCAAAGCUGCGGGUGAGGACGGCGCUGAUGACAUCGCGCCGGACGUGGAGGAUGAUUCUGAGAACGACGGAGCGCACGCGGAGCGUCAGACAAAAGAACGAAAGUUCGAAUUCGCCAGAUUCGCGAAUCGAUUCGUCACCCAGGGUGUUGUCGACACCUUUGUCAGCUUCACGAAAUUCUAUCACGACCUCAACGAGUCGCAACUCAAACGCGCGCAUCGGUACUUUUACAGAGUGGCUUUCAAGCAAGAGAUGAGCGUGAUGCUCUUCCGUGUGGAUAUUAUACACAUGCUCUACAACAUGAUCAAAGGCCCGGAGCCCUUAGACAAGGGCAACAGCACAUACAAGGAAUGGGAGGAGUUGGUGAAGCAGAUAUUGAGGAAGUGUAUGCGCAAGAUCGAGGAUCGUCCGCAGCUCAUCAUCGAGAUGCUCUUCUCCAAGAUCAACGCCACUGUGCAUUAUCUCGAAUUUGGCCAUGAAAAGCAGACGAUAUCGACGUCACAAGUGAAGCCUGCUGCAGAGCUCGAGUUCAAGACAGCUUCCGAACGCGAUAAGCAGAUUGGGAUUGUGGUAGGGACAUUACUCGACAAGAACUUGGCACACCACAUCAAAUGGGUGAAGGAGCAGUUGUCCAGCGCGCUUAGCGAGCGGCAGGCUUGGGAGGCUGCAGAUAAAGCCAUGGCUUCUACAGAAACACCUUCAGCAGCAGUGGAAGGCGUAGAAGAAGGAACACAGCCAGCAGAGAGCGCCACAAAGAAAGAGGCACCUUUAUUCACCGUGCAACCUGGAGACGACGCUCGGCAAACAGCAGUCUUCAAAAAUGGCCACUUGCGACUCUUGAUGAAAUUGGUCGGUAUGGAGCGGCUUGCACCACUGGUCGACGAGACACUUGGGUCGGCCUGGAUUAUUCCGGGUGCAGUCGAAACGGACCACUUGCAAGACUCGUUGGAUUAUAUCAGCCAAGCAGAAUUCGAGCCUCCGACAUUCGAAAAUGGUCUGCUUGCAGAACACCAGCUGCGCCGCAAGACAGCCCCACGUAAGAAGGCUGCAUUCGAUGACGAGGACGAUGUGCUACCAGACAACGAUGACGAUCUCUUGUUUCCUGCUGGCGGGCCAACAGCGAGGAAGUCUACUGCCGAGGAGAAGGAGGCAAAGAAGCAGAUAAUACGCCGAAGACGGAGACGCGACAGCAACGCCGAAGAGCCGACCGAGGAAGAGCUAGCAGAGAAGGCGCGAAUCCGGAGAGAGAAGGAAAAAGAGAAGGCGCGCCGGUUCAAGAGUGACAUUUAUGUGCACGCGAGCGAUGACGAGUCGGACGAUGAGCGCUGGGCCGAGUUCUACGCCAACGAAGAGGCUAUCCGGAAACGGCAAACCAAUACGGUCCUUGGGAUAUCAAAUCCCACAACGGCGGCUGCUUCAACGACCACCACCACCACGACGGCAGAUGUCGGCAAGAAGAAGCGCAAGGCCACGACGGUGCUAUCCGAUGAUGAUGAUGACGAUACCAAUGAGAGUCUUGCGGAAGAGGAUGCCAUGCUCGCGUCUCAGGACUCGCAAGCUUCGAGCCCGCGGGUGCGCUCGAACAGGGAGAAGACCAAGAAGAGCCGCCGACGGCAGAUUUCGGACGAUGAGGAUGACGAUAACAUGUCUUCCUCGUCACCGUCCGAGACAGGCGAGACACCGCUCUCAUCCUCGGACUCAGCGCGUGUAGGAUCCGUAGGCAGCGACGGCGGCGCAAAGCGCCGUCGACUCAUGCUUGAGGCAGCGAAAGCCAAGCUGCCUGAGACCCUGUCCGCUCAUACUGCAGGAGUAGACGAGGAUGACGAGCAUGGCGAAGGUACUUCAUCACCAGCGGUCUUGCCGCCUGGUGAUGAGGAUGUGGCCAUGCGCGACGAGGACGACGAUGAAGACGUGCCAGUCAUCCCCGCCGCGGCUAGUAAGAGAAGAGCUAGGACGCGGGCUGGCUUCAUCGUGGACGACAGCAGUGAUGACGAAUGAGCGCCAUGAUUCCGGAGUGGAGCAAGGACUCGCCUUUGCCGUGUGGAGGAUGAGCGCGAGGUCAUCAGAAUCGCCCCUGACAAACUGUUGUUCUAGGAGCGCUAGCAAGCUGGCUGGGUGGAUGGGGAAGAAAUGGGCACGGCCGGAUCAGGGACCUAUCAAUCUUGUUGUUUUGCAUUAUACCGUGAAUCAUAGCGAAGGGACAUGAACAGAUCAGGAAGUUAUGGAAAUGAAAUCUCAGCUUUUGCAACUGCUCUUUUCCAGAUCCACUGCCGGGUUACAUAUGAAGGGUGGUCGUAAAGUUGAGGCUGGC